ACGCUACUGGCAAUACUUUUUAAAACGACAUCGAUAUAGGACGCCAGAAGAGAAUAUUCAAGAAAAAAUUUAAUUCAGUUUGUUUUCGCCAGCUUUCACAAGACUCGGACUGAAGAUGAGUUGCCCUUUCAAUGAUGAGCAAUUAAUGCAGUUGCAAGCGUUUAUUGAGUUAUGUAAAACUCAACCACAAAUACUACAUCAUCCGAGGCUAUCCUUUUUCAAAGAAUACCUUGUAUCGCUUGGAGUUACGAUUCCAACGGCUACUUUCGGCACCAAGCAUUUUACUCCUUCCGGAGAUGGGAGUCAAAAUGAGACAGGUGAAAAAGCCCAGUCCUCAACAGAAGAAGAAUCUGAGCAGGAAUCAGAUGUGGAACUUGACAUGGAUGGUGUAGUAGAAGGCGAUUCAAUUGGUGAUGACCAAUUAAUGGGUGACUCUAAUAAAGAACCAUCUGAUGAAGAUCGUGACAAAUCUGACGAGAAGCGUUCAGAAGCUAUGCGAGCCUUCUCUGAUCAACAGUUUGAAGAAGCUAUCAAGUUGUACACUGAAGCCAUUCAACUUAAUCCACAAAGCGCUUUAUUGUUUGCUAAGAGAGGACAGGUAUAUUUAAAACUGAACAAGCCGAAUGCUUGUAUCAAGGACUGUACCCGAGCUCUGGAAUUGAAUUGUGACAGUGCUGCUGCUUACAAAUUCAGGGGACGUGCUUACAGAUUGCUUGGCAAAUUUGAAGAAGCAUCCCAUGAUCUGUGUGAAUCUCUUAAGAUUGAUUACGAUGAUCAAACCAAUGAAUGGUUGAACGAUGUUAAGCCUAACGCUGAAAAACUUCGUCAACACAAACUGAGCGUUCAGCGUAAAAAGGAGGAGAAAGAGCACCGUGAGAAGUUGCGUAGACUUCAUAAAGCCCAAGAGGCCAGGUCCCAGGCAGCAAAGGCGCAGGCACAGGCUAACGCGCAAUCCACCCCAGCCGGGGGCAUGCCAGGUGGUAUGCCGGGUGGCAUGCCAGGUGGCAUGCCCGGAGCCGGACCUUUCCCACAGGGCUUCGCAGCUAACGACUUAGGCAGCCUUUUGAUGGAUCCCGAAAUUAUAACUGCAUUCCAGGAUCCCGAAGUGAUGGCGGCAUUCCAGGACUUGUCCACAAAUCCAGCCAACUUCGUCAAAUACCAGAGUAACCCAAAGAUUGCUGCGGCCAUUCAAAAAUUGCAGGCUAAACUUGGCAAAGGUGGUUCCAUGCCUUUUGGUGGUGGUGCAGGUUAGUAUCCUUCAUUUAGU